AGUGUGUUGAGCUAUCUGUCGUCUGAGCUUGCUUUAAACUCAGUAAUUCGAUACAGGCGCUGGUUGUUUGAAUUCUUUAAGGCAAUAUUUUUGGGGAAACCAAUACCGCUCACUGGAUCGGAGUUACAUACUACACUGAAUGAUUCUAAUUUGUGGAGUAUCAUAUUCUGUUUUAGUUUUAGCAAGGUAAAAACAGUAACAAUAGUUAGUAACUUGCUAUUGAGUUAUAAGUUAUUGUCAUUAAAAUGAGUCAUUUAAUUAUCCAUUUAAUUGUUUUGUUACGAUUUGUUUAUUAUUAUUAAUAAUAGUCAGUGACGUCAGUCGUAUGAUGGAUAUGUAAUAGUAAUGUCAGUACCAACCAUGUAUUUACUGGUGGCAACAAAAACAAAUUGUUCAAAUAAUUUUCGUUUAACUAAUACUAUACAAUAAAUUGAAUAAUAAUAAUUAAUAACAACAUACUAUCUAAUAAUAAGGCUAAUAAUUGUAAUAAUAACCAAUUUAAAUAAUAGACGUGAGGCCCCACUAGCCAAUAGUUACUAGUAGAAGUAGUAGCAGCAUAUAUCCUAUAUGCGGUCGAAUACUAUGACCUGCGACAGCAUUCCCCAUUUAUAUAUAUAUCAUUAAUUUUCAUGUGUUUCCGGUGUGUAAUGAAUACUAAUAUUAAUAUGGCAUGGUCAAUAAGACAAUGCCAAUAUGAUAUGAAUAAUAAAUCUGUCAGACAUCCCAGGUCCAACAUCAAAACUUAUCCUCCACCAAACUCAAAACCCAAGAAGCCUAAGAUUACUAAACUAAGAGUUUGGGAAAGGCUGACCUACUAACUUACUCUGAGUCACUCUUAGGCCUACAUUAACAUUCUCAUCUGUCAAAAUCAUGGCUAUAAUAAUAAUAAUAGGGAUAACACCUCUACUAUCUACUGCUCUAAUGGGAAUUAAUUUAUUAAACAAAAUUAAAAAUGUAAUAAGAAAAACAAUCUUGGGGACUGGGGAAAAUUAGUAUUUAGUCUUAGGUUUGAGUUUGCCAUAAUAAUAUAGAUUUUUAUUAGGCCUUGUUGAUUCAUGAUUCAUAUUGGUAAAGGCAUAGGAGAUUCUGGUCCAAAGUACAACUUAUUUAAUUAGGCCAGCCAGUUGGUAUUAGAAUAAUUUAGGAAUUUAUUUUAGGCUACUUUAAAUAGUCUCAAAUAAAAAUAGUUAAAAAUAAUAAUUUAAGCCAGUAUUAUGCAGAGAGUUGAGAGAGACAGACCUACAGACAUUUAAUAUGCAGAGAGUUGAGAGAGACAGAGUCAUUUAAUUUUAAUACAUUUUCAUUAACCAAAUUCGGUCUGGGUACUUUGAAAUUUUUAAUAUUGACUGAUUCACGCUGGUUGGCAUACAAGAUGUAUAAUUUUAAAGGGCUAUCUAUUAACUUCCCAACUGGUAAAUAGAUACUCUCAUACUCAUACAGCAUAGCCGAAUUAGGUGAUUAAGUUUAAACUCAUCAAACUGGUUGUAAGUUUUGAGCUUGCAACAAAAGUAAUUGUAAAGGGAUAUUUUUUAAAAAAAAAGGUUACCCUGUUAUUUUGGAUGGAUUUUAGGCCUAUAUGCUACUUCUUUUUUAUUUUAGCCUUGUCUUGUCUCACUGUUUGCAAGGGAAAAGGGUGUAUUAUGUUACAAUUACAAUGGUUGAAUUCACUUUAGUUCAAUUUUUUAAUAUUAUACAUAAGCAAGGGUUAAUUUAAAUAAAUCAUUAGACUUAAUAUGAACCAGAGUGUAAAAAUUGGAUAAGCAAUGAGUGGAAAUACUAUUUUUUUCGAUUACUGAAUAAAUAGGAUGGCUAAUGUUUGGAUUAUUUAUGUUUAAAAACACACAUAACUUUCUGUGAUGAUUUCCGUUAUCCCCAAACAAUUUUAUAUUGUGAUUGUGAUCUAUUUUACCACAUUCCUACCCAAUAAGCUCUGGUCUAUAAAAAUUAUAUGCUGUAAUCAGUUGAGGGCAGUGGUUCCUAAACUCCAAAGUAUGCUGUCUUUGGACAGGUGUUUUAAAACAACCUUAGUGGAUGAUGUUUAUAACAAAGCAAUAUCUACGCAACAAACUUAAUAAAACGAUGUUUUGGUUGGUAGUUGUGACUUUAAAAAAAAUGAGCUUUUAUUUGAAUGAUACCACAAUCAAGUGAAUGUGUCAUGCACAAUGGUUCACUGGAUGAAACAUUAUUCAGUUAAGACAUUUAUUUAUAUAAAUACUUUUGAUACAGUGAUUUUGGGAGAAAAUAACAUCACACUUUUAAAAUUAACCGUCACUGUACGAUUAUUUACACCAUCAUGUUUUUGGCUGUUGCAAUUUAGAAUGUAAUCUAGAAACCAUGGUCUGCGUAUCCCAAAGAUCCUUGGGAGGCAUGAAUCAUUUUGACCAUCAAUAUAUAUUAGAAUGUAUUCUAUCCCUUUCUUAACUUAGUUGCACAGAUUGCCAGAAUUAGAGCCGCCAUUGAAGUGUUGUACUUAUGAAUUUAGGCAGCCGAAUUGUUUAUCUUGCUGGGAUGGAGGUUGGGGGGGUGGUGUUUAAAGGUGAAGACAGCCACUGAGCUCCAUUUAAUUGAUGCUGACUGGUCUAAUGUUGCGCCAACUGGUCUAGUGUUGUGACUCCUGACCAUCCCCACUACCCAUUUUUAAAGUUUUAAUCUGAAUUUGGGGUGACCUAAAUAGUAUUGGGGAUAAAUCAUCCAAUAUUUCAUCAUUUGUUUCUUUUGUUUUAUAAUUUGGCUGAAAAGGUACUUUUAAGACUCUAGUGCUCAAGUAAAGAAGUCACAAAAUAACUAUUUUGACACUAUCCACUUUUAAAAUUCAAUAUAAAAAUAAAAUUACACUAAGCAAUUUCUCUCCUUAGAAAAGGGACUUUAAACAUUUAUUUGUUUAUAAAUAUUUAUUUGUUUAUAUUGGUACAAUUUAUUUUGCUCAACCAGAUCAAUAGCAAUAACUGUUGGGUUUAGUUUUGCCUAAAAUGUGAUAUAUACUUAAAGCACUGGGAUCUCCAUUUGAGGUUUUAUUUUAAUGUUCAUGUGUAUAGACAAUAUGGCUAAGUCAUGAUACUCUUUGUCACCCAGAUGUGUGCACUGGACACUUGAAAUAGUGAUUUGAAGCAAGCUCCUUUGAGAAGAAAGUACGUUGCAUUUUUUCCACUUAACAAUGGCUGAAAAGAAAGAUUCCCUUAGAGACCUUCUCUUUGACGUACAUGACGGUUACGGUGCAGCCUCCACGGGUCCCACCAACAUAGAUGGAAAUGGAGCCAUGAAGACUGAAUCAAGUAAGUCGUUGAGGCUAGUGGCAAAGUAUUUUUCAGUUGUUUUUUUACUGAACAUCUUUUUAAUGGGCAAGGGCACAACACUCAAAAACUUGCCAGCUUUGAUUAAAUUACCUGUUAUGUUCGCAUAAAACAUUAUGAUACUUUAAUUGUGCCUGAUUUUAACACAGUAUGCGCUCUUAUCUAAAUGUUUGAUUAUUGCCAUGGGCAAUCAGGAGAUCAAUGUAUAUAAGUUUGUAUACAUUGUCACAUUUAGCAAAGGCCGAUGUACUUUAUAGAAAUGUUAAUGAUUGAGUCUCAGCUCUGUGGUUUGGACUAAAUCUAAUUUGUACUCUUAGUUGGAGAGGGGGUGGGGAGGAACAUUAGAUAUAGGUUUUUGUACUUGUAAUACUUGUAUCAAAUUUAAAGACAUUGCUUUUUAUCCUGUCUCCAAAAAUAAAAAGACAAAACCUUAUAAGACUACCGCACAUUAAACUUUACUGAGCAGAAAAGAGACCAAAUCUCUGUAAAAGUAGCCAUUCGUUAGUUUAUUAUUAACUGAAAUUUACAUUUAUUAACAUCCUGCAUGUACAAGAAACGUUAAAAUGAUCAAAAUGAACCUUUUAGAUUUUAAUUUUUUUUAUUUUAUGAUGCACAGGUUUUCAUAAAUUGUCAAGUGCGUAUUCGACAGCUGGUAUGGGAGACCUGAGUUUGCUGAAUGUCAUCACAAUGUCACCUGACAUGAGUGCCGCCGCCAGCAGCUCUUUCAGUCCUCACCAGUUUCCUGCUCCCAUCACCCCCCCGCAAGCCAAAGGCCAGGGUUUGAUUUCUUCACCAACCUACAGCAUGUCUGGACACCAUCCUUUGACCUACAGUUCAGUUGGGCUGUGUGUGUCCAGUCAUCAAUCCUCUGUGAAUCCCUACUCCAGCAUGCCGGCUAGUGAACCCACCAUGUCGGUCAAUGUCCAGUACCGACCUCACCGACCAGCCAGCACACCAACAAACGAUUGCAACCUUCAAAAUCAAAACAACGUUAUGGACCUUAAAACCUUAGUCCAGAAUAAUCCCCAAUCUGUUUUCCAAACAAACAAUCCAUCACUAACCAGUCCCAAAUCAUUAUUGCGGCUGCACAGUAUGCCAUCAAAUUUACCGGCUGUGACUAAAAAAUUGUCCACCAGCUUGCAUUUCUCUUCAUUGUCCAGUCAAAAGUUCAUGUACAAAUUAUCCAAAAUCCCUGCAUUUGACAGCAGCCAUGACAUGCAGUGCCACAAUCCAGUACUGAUAUCAUCAUCAGUCAGUGGGAGCAUGACACCCCUGGCCACACAAGAUUUGAAUGCUGUGUACUCUACAGCUCCCAUGAUGUCUUCCCAUUGUGCUGACUUAUCUCCUGUGGCCAGUUCAGUCCUGCUGCCAGGGGUCGCUGUCUAUCAGGGCUUGUGUCAAGCAUCAGGUAAGAACAGAUCUAUCUACCUGCUGCUUAGUUACCGGGUAUUGCCAUAUGUCUUCAGAAGCUAUGAUUUAUCUCUUCAUCAAAAUGUCCUAGCUCUCAACUCCUUUUAUUUGACUACAUUAGUCAUUGAUGUCAGUUCUUACGUGAAAUUACUUGUUUUUGUUUGCCCACAACAUUGGAUCACUCUUAAGCAAAAGCUGUUAAAAAAAUCUAGUAUAUAUGGCUGGCUGAGUCUAACAGUGAAUCAGUAACCAUCUUUGUACAAAAGAUUUAAAAAUUCAAAAGGGGGGGGGGGGGGGGUAUUUAAUUUGUAAAAAAAUAUCUACUUACUGACACUGAAUAAAGUAAUCUAAUCUCAAUAGUGAGAUGGUCCAAAAAAUACUGAUAUUGAAUAAUUUAAUUUCAUCCCAUCACAGGUCCAAACAUGAUUUUAGUCUAUAACCAAGAUAGCACAUUAAUGACUGGCUUGUUUGGUUUCAGUGUCCCCUUGUUUCACUGGCACCUGUCAAAAUGAAAGUUUAACCAGUAAGUCACUGUCCACAUCCAGCACUACAAGACACACAUCGGUCAAUAGCUGUAAUAGUCCACUAGUUUCUGACAUUGGUUCUGAAGAUACUCAUUGCUCUGUAAGUUGAUUUGAUUUGUACUUCCGAAUCCAAACUUAAUUUUUUAAACAUUUAGACUAAUUAUUCUUGUGUUAUUUUUUAAUAUAAUUUAGUACAUGAUUGUAAAGAAUUUUUUUCCCCCAUGCUGUUUUAGAUAUUUUAUUAACACAAUGUAUAUAAAGUGUCAAUUAGGCUGCAUAUAUUGGCUGCAUAUAUUAACUAUAUAAAAAGGUGUUUAUCUAUAACUUAUGUUUUUAUCAAUUAGUUCAUUAGUAGAACUCAAAUUUGACUAAUUUUUUUUUAACUUCAGGCCCCCCAACAAAGUUUUGCUCAAAGUUACGCCAGCCUCACACCAUGGACCAGUAAGUUGACUGCCCCGGGGUUUGUUCCUCUGCCCGUCCCCGCCGCAGACGCCAUGCCCAUCCCUCUGGAGAACACAGAGAGCGGCACCAUGCUCUCUGUGCCCCCCACCGACCUCGAGAUGCCCUCCCGCACACUCCACUCACGAACUCUUCCCAUCUACAGUCGCCUCCAGCCUGGGAUGACUCCACCCGACACCUGCACCAAGCAGAAGAAUGGUGUCGUCCGUGGUCCGUCCCAGAUCCAGAAAAUCAAUGCUAAAUCGCUUCCCAACAAGGAGCAUCGGUUUAAGCGCACGGCAGAUGCGUUGCAGAAAUCAGGCCUGUGGGAGGUUGCCAUGAAGACGGGCAGCCUCAUCAAGCGCAAUCAGGAAAUUCAAAGGGAACUGGAACAGUUUCGAUCUGACGCCCUGGCAUUUCUUAAGUCUGUGAUAAAAAAUCCCCAGGACCGGGACACUAUUAAAAAUGUGUUGAACAAUGCACUCACGACAAACGGAGGUCCUCACAACACAACCUCCGUCAUGACUGUGGUCGUGUCAGCGGCCGCUGCAGCUGCUGCAGCGUCUGUCAAGCUUGACUCCUGUGGCUCAACUGACGGUAGCAUUUCUGGGAGUGGCAGUGUGGUAGACAGUUUACUAAACAGUAGCAAUGUCAGUGAGGCGUCAUCAGAUACUAAUUUUCUCCACCCAGAUUGCAGUGUGACACCAAUAAGAAUGGAGAUGAAUUAGCUCGCCAAGAAAGCUGGGACGGUUCGCUACAACUGUGUGUUGUAUGAAAAGUCAUGUCAGUGCUGUUGUAUGGGAUGCUGUAUAAUAAACCAUGUAUGUGUUGUUGUAAAAGAGGUCAUGUGAGGGUUGCUGUAUUAGAGGACUGUUGAUAAGUUGCUCAAUAUUUUAUAUAUUCAUUAAAUAUUGAUGUUAUUCUAUAUACAAUUCUUGACAGAUUUAGUUAAUCUGUCUCAGCAUAAUUAUUUUCCACCCUCAAGGUCCCAUGUCCUCAUUUGUAUACAUUUGUAUAAAUUCAUGAAAUUUCUUCAGUCAGAAUUUUUGGGUGGAUCAUCCAGAAGUUUACUGCGCACGAGUGUGUUGCUACUGCGCACGAGUGUGUUGCUGCUGCGCAGGAGUGUGUUGCACAAACACUGCUUUGAUGUAGAUUAAAAUUUGUUUACAAAUAAGAAAAUAAAAAAAUACAAUUAUACAUUCCAGAACAUUUUUUUUUUAUGAAGAACUUUAGGUGAUUAGAAACUGCUUAAAUGUUAGAAUAGGUAUACACAACUUGUCUCGUCGGACGACAUUUUCUGUACAUUAGAGCUCAAUUCUUGGAAUGUAAUGUAACAAUCGGCACGGAUUUGUUCAUAGUAUUCUAUAUUUACCAUGAGAUGUUCAAUACAUGCUAGUCAAUUUAAUUACUAAUUUAGUAUUUUUUUGUUUGUAAAUAUGUAAGUAUUGUUUUAUAAUAUAUGGGCAUUGAUUAUAUUGCAAGAUUUAAAAAUAUAACUAUAUUCAUUUUUGAUACACGUGAUAUGCUUUUUCAAUGAGAAUUAUCAAAUUAUUUUUUCAAAUGUAUCUAAAAAACAUAUUCCAACAGAUUUACACAAAGUAAUUGGUACAUGCUUCAUAAUUUAGAACAAUUUGAAAGGCAGAAGUAUACGACUGUUAGGGCAAUCCCUUGCCAGGCUCAGUUCUUCUGGUUCACUGAUAAGAUUUUCAUGAGAUCUCAUUUCUUAUUGGGCCAAGAAGAGACUUGUAUAAUGGUUUUAAUUGGUGCCUUCCUCGUGGGGGAAAUUAAGUUCAAUGGAAACUGUUUAUUAAUACAUCUACUGAUUGGAUGGUCAUAGAGUUCUGCUGAUUAGAUGAUUGUAGAGUUCUACUGAUUGGUUGGUCAUAGAGUUCUACUGAUUGGUUGGUCAUAGAGUUCUACUGAUUGGUUGGUCAUAGAGUUCUACUGAUUGGUUGGUCAUAGAGUUCUACUGAUUGGUUGGUCAUAGAGUUCUACUGAUUGGUUGGUCAUAGAGUUCUACUGAUUUGGACGGUCAUAUAGUUUUACUGACUGGAUGGCCGUAGAGUUCUAGUUCUGGCUACAGUAGAAAGAGUACUGUCUUGAAAUAUGAAUCAGUGGCCAGUACAGCAUAUAACAACACAAUAACUAGUUUGAAUUUGUCGAUGUUAAAUCCUCCUCUGGUUUUGUUAGGUUGGAUUACAAUGAAAGCUGUUAAAAAGUAACAAAUCAUUUUGAAUUCCUGUUUCUGAUCAGAUCAGAUUGGAAAUCACUCUUUCAUCAAGUUGUUACAGGUAUUUACAAAUCCAUGCCUGAUAGUAAUUCUUUUUUAAAGUGAUAUUCAAAACUCAGGUUACUAAGCCAAUGCAUGGACUAAACUAAACCAGUGGUCGCCACACUCAUUAGUCAAAAUAGCCAAAAUUCAAAAGCAGGACGAUUAAAAAAAAUUUGAGAGCCAAAUAGCUUUUCAAGAUCCUGUCAAGAACCAUGUUUUUCAGAGUCAAAAUCAAUUUGUGGCUGACUGGCUGAGCUGCGCUCAGGUCGCUAAAGAGCCACAUGCGGCUUGCGAGCUGCGAUUUGUCAACCACUGUGCUAAACAAUCAUACAUAAAUUUAAUAUUUUUUUAAAAAUUUAAAUUUUAUAAAUAUUUAUUUGAUUUCAUUAAUAGUAUUAUUAGUAUUUUAUUUACAAAAAAGACUAACCAAAAAAAAUUUAAAAGACAAAUCAUUUUUUUAAAAACUGAUCCGUAAAAUGUGAUAUAUGAAAACACUGAGUGGUGAUUGUAAGAACAAUGGCCAUUUGGGAAAGUUCAGAGACCUGCUCUGAUCAAUCAUGAUCCAUGACAUUUUGUAUUGUGAGUUUUGUCAACUCUGAGGCAGCAUUGUAAAAUGUUUUUUUUUUAAUUAUUAUUACAGAAAACAACUCCAACAUGACCGUAUUGACAUGAUUUUUUUAAAUCCAAUGUCAACUAGGCUUUUGAUGUUCACCUGAUGCUCUCAUGUUAACUAGGUUACUGAUGUUAACAAGUCAGUAUUUAAGAAGGGAUGAAUGAGACGUUGUUAAAAGGCUGAAUAUUCCCUUCCUGUGUGUACUGACAGGGGUGACUUCUUUUGUCCAGUGUCUGGUCAUCUAGUAUUAAUGUUCAUAAAAACUGAAGAAUUAAAGAUGUGGGGG